UCCCACAUUCAUUCAACCCAAACAAUAAUUUAAAGCUCCCCACCCCCAACAACACAUCAAAACAAAGAAAAACAAACCCAAAAAAUUAAGAUGAUCCCAAAAGUCCCCUACCACAUCCUCCUCCUCAUCAUCCUCAUCUCCACCACCACCUCCGCCAUUCCAACACUCAUUAAGGAAAUCAAUGUUAACAAUGAGAGCAAGCAAAGAGAACUAGUCACAGACUCAGACUAUGACUGUGUCUACAUGAUCUACAUCCGAACAGGAUCCAUCUGGAAAGGUGGCACGGACUCAGUGAUCAGCCUAACACUCAUCGGAUCGGACGGCUCAGGAGUGGCCAUCACGGACAUAGAAGCCUGGGGUGGGUUGAUGGGAAAAGAUCAUGAUUACUUUGAGAGGGGCAAUCUGGACAUUUUCAGUGGAAGAGGUCCAUGCCUCUCGUCGCCGGUGUGCUGGAUGAACCUCUCGUCGGACGGAACCGGCCCACACCAUGGCUGGUACUGUAACUACGUGGAAGUCACUACGACUGGGCCACAUGUGCCGUGUGAGCAACAGCUCUUCACUGUGGAGCAGUGGCUUGCAAGGGAUGCUUCUCCUUACCAGCUCUAUGCCACCAGAGACAACUGUGCUGCGCCGGAAGCGGCGGCCGAUGAUCGGCUUGAGCCGCGCUCACGCCAUGCACCGCGCCGGGUUGCUGUUUGAGAUUUGCAAUUUGGCUGUUUUUGGAUUAAAAUAAAAAUGUAUGUGUGGUGGUGUCUGGUUUGGUGGUUGGACUUUUGUAUGUUUGUUUUAUAAUAAGAUGUGUCUAUUUUCUAUGGUAA